AUGGGCGAGUGGACUACUAAAGCAGAGGAUUUGUAUGCAUGGAGGGUGAUGUUAAACUGGUUGGACUUCUUCUUCCAAAUGUUUUAUGGGAUAAUUGAAGGAGUCUUUGCCCAAUACUCAUUACUCUCUUUCUCCCCUUCUCAUCAUCAUUGUCAUAUGCCUCAUCCUCCCAACACCAUUCACCAGACAUCUCUUCGUUUCACAAACCAUCGUAGCCAUUAUCAUCAUGUCUCUCUGCCUCUUCAAAGGCUUACGGUAGUGCUUGACUUGGAUGAAACAUUAGUAUGCGCAUAUGAGAGGUCAAGUUUGUCACCUGAAAUACGUACUAAAGCAAUUAAGGCUGGUUUGAAUUGUUUUGAUCUGGAAUGUAUAUGUUCCGAAAAGGAAGUGGAAGGAAAAUCAAUAAUUAGUUAUGUUACGGUGUUUGAGCGCCCUGGGCUAAAAGAAUUCUUAAGGCAAUUGAGUGAAUUUGCUGACAUGGUGCUAUUUACUGCUGGUCUUGAAGGUUAUGCUAGUCCAGUUACUGAUAGAAUAGACAAAGAAAAUCGAUUCCGUUUACGACUUUAUCGCUCCUCAACUACCAACACGGAAUAUAAGGAACACGUGAAAGAUCUUAGCAGCAUAACAAAUGAUCUAUGCCGCAUUGUUAUUGUAGACAACAAUCCUUUUAGCUUUUUGUUGCAACCAGAAAAUGGAAUUCCAUGCAUCUCAUUUUCUAUUGGGAAACCGCAUGACACACAACUUGUAGAUGUGAUUCUUCCACUUCUCAAGUACCUAUCUUACCAAAAAGAUGUUAGAGAUGUGCUCCGUGAAAAGUAUAAGAUGCCUGAAUGGUUUCAACAACAAGGAAUUCUAACUUACAGUUGA